AUGACAGUGGUUUGUGCUGCGAAGAAUUGUAAAUAUUCAUCGAACGCUGAAAACUCAGCCCAUGUCAUUUUUAUACACUUUCCGAACGAUGAUACGUCCAAAAUAUGGGCACAUCAUUGCGGUAGAACAGAUCUCUUAAUGAAAUCAAAUGAAGAAUUACAUUUAAAUUAUUAUAUAUGUUCUCAUCAUAUUGAGGAUCGUUAUUAUAUAAAUAAAACAGAUCCUAUUAUAAUAGAUCAGCAUGCUGUUCCUACAUUAUUUGAAUCAAAUGAUGCAGGAGAAAAAGAUUCAAGAAAUGACUUUGAUAGAAAUGAACAAGUGGAAGUAACGGACAAUGUAUUAUCAUAUUGUGAUAUAGAUUCUGAGAUAGAUCAGUAUCGUGAUAUUAGUAUUAGGUUUCCAAAUUUAUGCCGGAUAUGUGGAGAACCAUCUUUGGAUGGUAUAGAAAUAUUUGCUGAGAAAGGCAUGGAAUUAAAGUUAAAAGAAAAAAUAAGUUUACACCUGCCAAUAAUUCUUGAUAUGGAAGACUUAAUGCCACAAAGACUAUGUAUAAAUUGUUAUAAUAAAUUAGAAAUAGCACAUUUAUUAGUUAUAACUUCUUUGAAAACAGAUAUGAGAUUAAAACGGUUUUUAAAUAUUAAUGAAGGACUUAAUUAUGAGAAGAAAUAUAACGAAGUAGCCAAGAAAUGUUCCAUAGAAGUAGCAGAGGAAAUCUAUACGAACGAAUGUACUCAAACUACAUCUACAGAAUUAUCUCCAAAUAAAGUUGAAGAAAUCAUAAUAACCCAACAUAUAUCCACAAAAUUGAGUUACCUGGAAAAUAUUGAUAUAAAAAAAACUAACUCUUCAAGCAAUGUAAAAAAAGAAAUGCAGUCUGAAUUGAAUAGAUUUAUUCAAUCAUACAAUGAAGAAAACAAAGAUAAUCCUGUGAUUGAAACUGUAGUAAAUGAUUCCACAAAUGAUAUUAAUGGAAUUGCAUGUUUUCAUUGUAAAGAUUCAUUUAAAACUCAAGAAAUAUUUGAGAAUCACAAAAUGUUAUGCGAUGAAGAGGAAAUGGUAAUACAGAAACAGAGGGACAUCACUAAUAAUACGAACAGUAUUGAGUCAAAAGAGGAAGCAAUGAACUUUCAAUUUGUUACAAAUACCUGUAAUGUUUGUCAUAGACGUUUCGAAAAUGAAAAGCAUUUCGCUGCACAUAGGCGUUCAAAUUGUAAACUUUCGGGAGAAAAACAUUACCAAAUUCCAGACAAACUAAAUGUAACUGAAGCAGACUGCAACAUUCAUGAAAACUCUGACAGUGCAAGUAUUGUUGCAGUAGUUGAAACGAAUAAAGUAUGUGGUCAUUGUAAAUCCAGUUACAGUACUAAAAAAGAAUUAUUAAAUCACAUUACAGAAUGUCAUGAAGGUCAACAAUUAUUUAAAUGUAUUAUAUGUGAUAAAAGUUAUGAAAAAUGGUCUAGUUUAGAUGUUCACGAAGCUACUCACAGAGUAGAUAAACCUUACCUAUGUGACUUAUGUGGGAAGAGCUUCAAACACUCCAAUAACUUAAGAGGUCACAAAAGGAUUCAUUUAGAUGACUCAAGGAAAAAACGACACGUUUGUGAAAUUUGUGGAAAUGGAUUUAGAUCUAGAUUUCAUUUGGGAGAACACAUGAACCAACAUAAUGGGCAUAAACCGUACCCUUGUGAAAAAUGUGGGAAAGCUUUUUACAAGAGAAUACAAUUAAGACAACACAAAUUGUCUCAUGGCAUGAGUAAACAUAUUUGUCCAAUAUGUGGAGCAUCUUUCAACCGUAAAGGAAACAUGAAUACCCACCUUAAAAGACAUAACAAUGGAGAUUUGGUAUACACAUGUAGUGUUUGCACAUAUAGAUGUAAGUCAAUGAGUGAAUUGAAAUUACAUAGGAAAAAGCAUACAGAAGAAGAUAUCAUAGAAAGUAUUAAGAAAAAAUGUACUGAUAAAACAGUAUGGCAAUGUAAAAUUUGCACCCGGAUAUUUUCAACGCGGACACUGUUGUUAAAUCACGAAAGUAUACACAAAGGAGAAAGAAUGAGUGUAGAAUGUGACAUUUGUGGGAAACAAUUAGCGAGCAAAAAUUCCUUAAUUUAUCAUAAAAAAUCUAUACAUUCUAAAGAAAGAACUCACAUGUGUCAGUACUGUGGGGAAUCGUUUGUUUCAAAAGAGGCGCGUCUCAUACAUGAACGGAUACAUACUGGGGAGCGUCCUUAUGUUUGUAAAAUAUGUAAAAUGGAAUAUAAGUGUUCCAGUAACCUUAAUCAACAUAUGAAAAUUCAUUCGGGCAUUAAACCACAUAGGUGUACAUAUUGUAAUAAGAGUUUCACACGCAAGGGGGCCUUAGGUGUUCAUGUAAGAAUCCACACAGGCGAGAAGCCAUUUUCCUGCGAGACUUGCGGUCGAAAAUUCUCCCAAAAAAAUGAUAUGCUGAAACAUACGAAAACGCAUCACGCGAAAACGUUGCGUUGUGAGCAAUGCGGCGAACUUUUCACGAAAAAGAAAGAUAUUCUAAAACAUAUCGCGUUACAUGAACGAAGUGACCCUGUAAUUCAAGAAUAUGUGGAAGUCCAACAACACAUGCAAUCCUAUAGUGUAAACAUAACAUGCUCUGAAUUUGAAUAAUCUUUUGUGCAA